AUGCCAACAAUACAGUUGGUUUGCUGUAAGUUGCAAUCACAAGAUCUAGCGCUGACUAAUAUUGGAUUUAUAAAUAGUGGGGUGUAUAAUAAUUUAAAGAAAAAGAUAAAAGGUAAUGAAUUAUAUGGAGAAAUUGGAAAUUUAGUUUUAAUAUUAAAAGGAAAUGAUUAUAUUGAAGAUGAUGAAAUAGCACUAAAUACAUGCCAAAGAGAAUUUUCUAGAAUUCAAUUAAAAGAAAGAAUAGAGAUAAAUAUAAUUGAUAAAGAAAAUAAAAAAGAUAUUAUAAAUUUUAUACCUAUUGAUAGUAUAGAUGUUGAAGUAAAUGUUUUUAUUAAACCAGAUCGUCAAAUUGAAUUAGAAGAUGAAGUAGUAGAAAAUAUUUUCAAAAAACAUUUUAUAAAUCAUAUAUUAACAAAAGGACAAAUAUUAGCAUUAAAAUGUAAUGAUAUAUUAUUAAGAUGUGUAAUUAAAGAUAUAAAAACAGCUGAAUUAGAUGAAAUAAAAAAAUUAAAUAAGAAUACUUCUACAAUUGGUUCAUAUUUUAAGUUGGGUGGUGAUAGUUAUCAUCGAGCCCAAGAUAAUAUGUACAAAGGAAGUUUAAAUGAACGAGGAAUUCUUUUUGAGAAUACAGAAUGUAUUUUUACUAGUAUAAAUGAUGGUAAAUUAUUUAUAGAAUCAAAAAAAGUUUUAAAAAAAAAUAUUAUAAAAAAUAAUUUUAACUUUGAAGAAUUAGGUAUAGGGGCGCUAGAUGAAGAAUUUAAAACAAUAUUUAGAAGAACAUUUGCAAGUAGGAUAUAUCCAAAUUAUAUAAUCAAACAAUUAGGAAUAAAACAUGUAAAGGGUAUGAUAUUAUAUGGCCCUCCCGGGACAGGUAAAACACUAAUAGCUAGACAAAUAGGUAAAACACUAAAUGCGAGGGAUCCUAAAAUUAUUAAUGGACCUGAAAUAUUAAAUAAAUAUGUAGGUCAAUCCGAAGAAAAUAUUCGUAAUUUAUUUAAAGAUGCAGAAUUAGAAUAUAAACAAUCUGGAGAAAAUUCAUUAUUACAUAUUAUUAUAUUAGAUGAAAUAGAUGCAAUUUGUCGACAAAGAGGUAGUGGCGCAUCUAGUGGGUCAGGGGUAAAUGAUAGCAUAGUCAAUCAAUUAUUAUCAAAAAUAGAUGGAGUAAACAGUUUAAAUAAUAUAUUAUUAAUCGGGAUGACAAAUAGAAUAGAUUUAAUAGAUGAAGCAUUGUUAAGACCAGGUCGAUUUGAAUUACAUAUUGAAAUAUCAUUACCAAAUAAAGAAGGUAGAAUUCAAAUAUUAAAUAUUCAUACAAAAAAUAUGAGACAAAAUAAUAAAUUAAAUAAGGAUGUUAAUAUAGAAGAAUUAGCUGAAAAAACUCCAAAUUUUUCUGGUGCAGAAAUUGAAGGAUUAGUAAGAAAUACAGUAUCAUAUGCAUUUGAGAGACAUAUAAAUUUUAAUGAUUUAACUAAACCAGUAAAUGCUGAUGAUAUUAUGAUAUCAAAAAAUGAUUUUUUAAAUGCAUUAAAGGAAACAAAACCAGCAUUUGGAGCUGAAGAAGAUAUUAUAGAUAAUUUAUUAUCGAAUGGGAUAAUAAAUUAUGGUAGUCAAUAUGAAAAUAUUGAAAAUACAUGUAAAUUAUUAAUUAAGCAAGUAAUUGAUAAUUCAAAUACAAAUUUAAUGAGUGUAUUAUUACAUGGGGAAAGUGGGUCAGGAAAAACUACUAUAGCAGCUUAUAUGGCUAAAUGUGCAAAUUUUCAUUUUACAAAAUUUAUAACUCCUGAAAAUUUAAUAGGUUAUUCAGAAAGCGGAAGAAUAAAUUAUAUAAAUAAAAUUUUUGAAGAUGCAUAUAAAACACCAUUAUCUUUGGUUAUAUUAGAUAACAUUGAAAGACUAAUUGAUUAUACUAGGGUUGGUCCGCGAUUUAGUAACUCUAUUUUACAAGCAAUCAUGGUUUUAAUAAAAAAGAAACCCAAAAAAGUGAAUCAGAAAAUAUUAAUAAUAUGUACUACUUCAGAGUAUCAAUUUAUGAGAGAUGUUGGAUUAGUUAAAAAUUUUUUUGUAAAUAUACAAGUGCCAAUGUUAAACUCAAGUAUUGAUAUAAAAAAUGUAUUACAAAAUAGGAAUAAAAAUAAUAAAGAUUUUCCAGAAAAUGAAAUAUCAAAAAUAACAGAAUCCAAUAUUAUUAAAAGUAUAUCUAUUAAGAAUUUGCUAAUGAUUAAAGACAUGGCUUCAGAAGCUGCCUCAGAUUGCAACUCAAUUAUUACUAGUGAAAUUUUUUUGAAAGCAUUUAAUGAUUGUGGUAUUUUUUUUGAAGAGGACUCAUACUAUUAA